CUAAUACAUUUUGUUAUGUUUUUAGGCUGUUAAGUAUAUUUACUAUGGAAGAAACUAUUAAAGAGCUAGCUGAAAACUUUGCAGUAAGUUUAAAUUUUGCCAGCAUUGAUGCAAUGAAAGAAACAGCCCAGACACUAAAGCAGAUGCAUUUAGAACAAAACUGUCCAGAGUGUUCUGCACCAAAAAACCUUUUAAAAAGUUUCAACAAAAGUCUUUCUGACAAUGAUAAUGUGCUUUCCAGUUCUGGUGAAAACAUUGGACAUGUUGGUCGAAAGAGUUUUAGAAAGAGCAGAAAAUCUGUUUGUGUUCUACCAAAAUUUAUUUCAUCUUCAGAAAGUGAAAAUGAAAGUGAAGAGUCCUGUGACGAAGAUAAUGAAAUAAACGAAAUAAAUAAUGAGGAAGGACCUAAUGAAAGUCCUUUGUAUGUCAAACAUAGAAAUCGUACCCAGGUUAUCCUUAGCGACAAUGAGGAUGAAAAAGCAGAUGAGACUGACAGUGAAAAAACUGAUGUUGAAUCAGACAGCGAUAAUAAUCUCAAAAAUGGCAGCUCAAGCACAAGGAAGAGUGGAAAUGAAAGUUUAUUGGCUGUUGGCAGAAAGAAAAAGUUGCAGCGCAUAGUCAGUGAUGACGAGGAAGAAAAUUUAGUUCAGGUCAAAAACAGGACUAUAAAUCGCGUGUCUGAAAGUAGUGAUGAUGGAAACAGCAUGAGUUGUGUGCCAAACAAUCUUCAUGACUGUACCAAAAAGAAAAUUACUUAUGACAGCGACGAGGAUAAUAGUUUUAAUCAAACUGCAGUGCUGAAUAACCUUAUUUCUAAAAAUACAUGCAAAAGUGAGAGAAAUUCAAAACAAUCCAAUGUUGUAUCUCUUGUUAGCAGUGAUGAAGAUCAGCUUGAUGAUUACAUUGGGACUUUAAAAAAAGGUUUUGCUGAAUUAGAUGUUGAAAGUACUUCCAGUGAUGAUAUGAGCGAGUUCAUUGUGGAUGAUGUUUUUGAUGAAGCAACGUUUAAAACACCAAAACCCAUGUUGGCUGCCAAAAAAGUGUUAUCAAGUAGUAAAUUUAACUCUUUGGUUACUCCAAAGUCUGCAGCCAGAACUAUGAUAAAUCGUCUUCAUACUCCCAAAUCUGUACCUGGCACACCAGCAUAUAAACGCGAGUUUAAUAAAAUAAAAGAUGGAGCAGUAAAAGAUUUAUUUAAGCUGUUUAAUCACACUGUAUUUGGUGAUAAACUUCCAUCCGAUUUUAGGAUUACUUGGAAUAAUCGCAUGACCAAAACAGCUGGAUUCUGUUAUUAUUCACACUUAGCCAAUGACAGAACAAGUCGAAUUGAACUUUCCGAUAAAGUUAUUGAUUGUGUUGAGAGAAUCCGUGAUACAUUGAUACAUGAACUAUGCCAUGCUGCUACUUGGAUCAUUGAUGGAAAAAAAGCAGGACACGGACCAGCAUGGAAAUAUUGGGCAAAACGUGCAAAUAAAAUUCAUCCUGACAUUCCUGUCAUUAGUAGAUGUCACCAGUAUGAAAUUCACACCAAAUAUAAUUAUCAAUGUAAUGGCUGUGGACAGAUAUUUGGUCGUCACAGUAAAUCAAUCAACUCAUCUCAUGUCUGUGCGAGAUGUGGAGGAAUUCCUGAACUAAUCCAAAACAAUAAACAAACACCGAAAACUCCAAACUCAUAUGCAUUGUUUGUGAAAGAAAACUUUGCUAGUGUGAAAAAGGCUAACCCAGGUUUUUCACAUAAACAACUAAUGGAAAAUAUUUCUCAGAAAUUUAAAAUAUUUAAAUUGCAAAACAAGGAAAAUGAGGCAUGUUCUGUUUAAUGAUAAAGUUUAGGGAUUAUUUUUAACAUGUUAUUUAGUCAUGUAGAUAGUUAUUGAUAAGUAUAUCCUGCAUAAAAACACUUAAUUUGAUAGCACAAAAGCCUGGAAUAAUAGCUUUGCCUCAAUAGCUUGAAAUAAAACCUUUGCCAUGGCAGUAUAUCUUUUGGAACAUUUUCCAUGUUUUUUGUAUAUAAAAUUUUUGUUUGAUAUUGUUUCAAAGUUUUCUCUGCUUUAUACCAAUUAAGUUUAGACUUUUGUUACCAGGAGUGGAUAAAUUCUAUUAUAUAUCCAUGCACAAAUUUAUAAGCUUCGGUAGAUUGGACCAAUAUUUUAAUUUUCCAACUUUGUUUGAUAGAAUUAUGUAGAAGUUAGUAAAUCAAUUUUUUAUUUUAAUAAGCAUGCUUGCUAUAACGUCAUUCAUAGCUAUAGUAUCAGCAUUUAGUUUCUGGGCGUGUGCAUUGCAAAUUUCUUCUGACCGCAACGCCUGUAUUUUAGCAACUUUGGAAUACAAGUUAACUUGCAAGCGUUUUUAAACGGAAAACUUCUUUACGAACCAAUAAGAGAGUUGGCAUCUUUGCUGUAAUAAAAAUUGAACCCUAGUGUUUAACUGAUGAAAGGUGCGGCCAUUUGAAUGUGUGAUUUAAUGUAGAGCAAAAAGUGUCUUUAUUUUACAAUGUACAAUUUCAAACUGACAUUUGUUGGAAAUGACAACUGUUUUUGUGUGUUUUUCUUUACAAAAUAUAAUUGCAUUAUGCAUUGUGUAAGCUGAUAUUUUAAUUUUACUAGACAAGAUAGGUUCUAUAA